AUGGACCUGGUUUCAGCUCUCUCACUGGAAACCUGGGUGCUCUUGGCAAUCAGCAUGGUGCUCCUCUACCGAUACGGGACCCGUACACAUGGACUUUUUAAGAAGCAGGGAAUUCCUGGGCCCAAACCUCUGCCUUUUUUAGGCACUUUGCUAAAUUACUACAAGGGUUUAUGGAAAUUUGACAUGGAAUGCUAUAAAAAGUAUGGAAAAACAUGGGGGUUGUUUGAUGGACAAAUGCCUCUCUUGGUCAUCACAGACCCAGAGAUGAUUAAGAAUGUGCUAGUGAAGGAAUGUUUUUCUGUCUUCACAAACCGGCGGGAUUUAGGCCCAGUGGGGAUAAUGAGUAAAGCUGUCUCAAUAUCUAAGGAUGAGGAAUGGAAGAGAUAUAGAGCUUUGCUGUCCCCCACAUUCACCAGUGGAAAACUCAAGGAGAUGUUCCCUGUCAUUGAACAGUAUGGAGACAUUUUGGUAAAGUACUUGAGGCAAGAAGCAGAGAAAGCCAAGCCUGUUACUGUGAAAGAAGUUUUAGGUGCUUACAGCAUGGAUGUGAUCACCAGCACAUCAUUUGGAGUGAACAUGGAUUCCCUCAACAACCCGUAUGAUCCUUUUGUGGAGAAAGCCAAGAAUAUUUUAAGAAUUGAUUUUUUUAAUCCUUUGCUCUUGUCAGUAGUACUCUUUCCAUUCCUCAAACCAGUAUAUGAGAUGUUAAAUAUCUGCAUGUUCCCAAAGGAUUCAAUAGAAUUUUUCAAAAAGUUUGUGAACAAAAUGAAGGAAAACCGCCUGGAUUCUAAGCAGAAGCACCGAGUGGAUUUUCUUCAGCUGAUGAUGAACGCUCAUAAUAAUUCCAAAGACAAAGACUCUCAUAAAGCCCUUUCUGACAUGGAGAUCACAGCCCAGUCAAUUAUCUUUAUUUUUGCUGGGUAUGAAACCACCAGUAACACACUUUCCUUCACCCUGUAUUCCUUGGCCACUCACCCUGAUAUCCAGAAGAAACUGCAAGAAGAGAUCGAUGAGGCUCUACCCAAUAAGGCACCUCCUACCUAUGAUACUGUUAUGGAGAUGGAAUACCUGGAUAUGGUACUGAAUGAAACCCUCAGAUUAUACACUAUUGUUAGUAGACUUGAGAGAGUCUGUAAAAAAGAUGUUGAAAUCAGUGGUGUGCAUAUCCCAAAAGGGACAACAGUGAUUAUUCCAUCUUAUGCUCUUCAACAUGACCCACAGCACUGGCCAGAGCCUGAAGAAUUCCAACCUGAAAGGUUCAGCAAAGAGAACAAGGGUAGCAUUGAUCCUUAUCUAUAUCUGCCCUUUGGAAAUGGACCCAGGAACUGCAUUGGCAUGAGGUUUGCUCUCAUGAGUAUGAAACUUGCUCUCACGAAACUUCUGCAGAACUUCUCCUUCCACCCUUGUAAGGAAACACAGAUACCUCUGAAAUUAAGCAGACUAGGAAUUCUUCAACCAGCAAAUCCCAUUGUUCUAAAGGUUGUACCACGGGAUGCUGUUAUAACUGGAGCAUGA